AUGGGCACGAAGAACUUUGUCGUUUUUCUCCUGGUCCUCUUUCUUUGUCUAGAGGUAGGAUUUACCAAAGAAAAAGGAACAAAGAAAGGAAAGAAGAAAGGGAAACAUGUUUACUGUCCAUCACAGCUGUCAUCUGAGGAUCUGGCCCGAGUCCCUGCAAAUUCAACCAGCAACAUCUUGAACAGGUUACUGAUCAGCUACGAUCCCAGAAUAAGGCCCAACUUCAAAGGAAUUCCUGUGGAGGAUAGAGUGAACAUUUUCAUCAACAGCUUUGGCUCAAUCCAAGAAACGACCAUGGAUUACAGAGUCAACAUUUUCUUGCGGCAACGCUGGAAUGACCCCAGGCUGAAGCUGCCAGAGGACUUCAAGUCCGAUUCGCUCACUGUUGAUCCCAAGAUGUUCAAAUGUCUCUGGAAACCUGACCUCUUCUUCGCUAAUGAAAAGAGCGCUAACUUUCAUGAUGUUACCCAGGAAAACAUUCUGCUCUUCAUCUUCCGUAAUGGAGAUGUCCUUAUCAGUAUGAGGUUGUCCAUCACCCUUUCUUGUCCACUGGAUCUGACCUUAUUCCCCAUGGACACACAAAAGUGUAAAAUGCAACUUGAAAGCUUUGGUUAUACAACAGAUGACCUGCAGUUCAUGUGGCAGACAGGAGACCCUGUGCAAAUGGAUGCUAUUGCUCUGCCACAGUUUGAUAUCAGACAAGAAGAUAUUACUUAUGGAAACUGCACCAAAUACUAUGCAGGAACAGGGUACUACACGUGUGUAGAGGUUAUCUUUACCCUAAGGCGACAGGUUGGCUUCUACAUGAUGGGUGUCUACGCCCCUACGCUGCUCAUCGUGGUCCUUUCCUGGCUGUCCUUCUGGAUAAACCCUGAUGCAAGUGCUGCCAGGGUUCCUUUGGGCAUCCUCUCAGUGCUCUCAUUGUCCUCUGAGUGCACCUCCUUGGCCUCGGAGCUGCCUAAAGUGUCCUACGUCAAGGCUAUCGACAUCUGGCUCAUCGCUUGCCUGCUGUUUGGUUUCGCCUCGCUGGUGGAGUACGCCGUGGUUCAAGUGAUGCUCAACAGCCCGAAGCGCAUCGAGGCUGAGAAGGCAAAGAUAGCAUCCAAAGAGAAGGCUGCGGGAAAGAGCCCCGCCGCACGGAACAACACGGUCAAUGGAACCGGAGGGACGCCACUUCAUGUCAGCACUUUGCAUGUGGCUGAAACCCGCUGCAAGAAGGUGUGCACCUCUAAAUCAGACCUGAGGACCAAUGAUUUCAGCAUUGUGGGCUCACUCCCUCGGGACUUUGAACUGUCAAACUUUGACUGCUACGGGAAACCCAUCGAUACUGGCACUGGUCUUGGCAAAUCCCAAGCAAAGAACAACAAGAAACCUCCUCCUCCAAAACCAGUUAUCCCCUCUGCUGCCAAAAGAAUUGACCUGUACUCCAGAGCUCUCUUCCCGUUCUCCUUCCUCUUCUUUAAUGUGAUUUACUGGUCCAUAUACUUGUGAUUAUCUUUAAAUGAUCUUGUAUUAUUAACGUCCCAUCUCACUGUCAUGAGUUUCUUAAUUAUCAAAAUAAACUUGAAGAAAUGUGAAACCUACCCAUACAAAAUUAUCUCUGAGAAGCUACUCUAUAUCAUUAGAAUUAUUAUAUUUAUCUUCAUUAAAAAAAAGACCAUGGUCACCAUUUGUGUUUAAAAAAUGAUUCCAAAUCAGUCUUUCUUAUCUUUCCUAAAAUGGAUAUAUAAAGUCUUAUAGUGAAAAGCUUUAUUUAUUGAUAGUGGUACUUGUGAGAGUAAUACAGGAUGUGACGGAUGGUGUGCAAACAAAUCCACAAAGACUGAUUAAGAAAUGAACUGAAGAUGCACAGAUCUGUUGGUGAUGCUAUUUGAUUUAUUUAUUUAUUGAUUGAUUUUUUUUUUUUUUUGCCCUUGCCCAGUGGGAGUAUGCUUGCAAGUUUAAUAAGUUAAAGCAUUUAAUUUAAGCUUCUAUGCAAAGUGUAACAAUGUAAUUACCUUGCAUGUUAAAAAAAUAAUGCAUGUAUAUGAAAGCAAAGCAUAAAUAUAUAUGAAAUAUAUAUUUAUUAAAUUUCUUUAAUAUUAUUAUGAUUUGCUCUUGAGAAGAUAUGUGGCUGUGAAACACUCCUGUUCCUGUUCAGAUGGCCAUGUGACACUGCCACUCCUCCAGCAAAUGUAACAUUUGACACCUUUAAUGUUUGUAAAUGGGUCGCUCGUGAGCUGUGACCACGUGUUUGUGAAAUACACGAGCAAAGGAAAAUAAACGAACAAGCAACUUUUCACCAAUUUAAUGUGAUUAAAGAAAACAGAAAAUUUUAAAUCAAGA